AUGCUUCGCAGAGCAACUCUGAAUUUCUUUAAACUCACCCGUGGUCCAAAAAUUGAUAAAGGAGGUGUCAAAAAAGAAGUAAAGGGAGACAUAAUCAACAUUUCCAAAGAUCAUAUUGAUCCUGAAAUCAAGCAUCUAACUUCUUUCUUCAUAGGCAAAUAUUUUGGGAAAAUUCUACUUUGUUAGAAAAUUAAACUCUUUUGAGCGAAAAAAAAAUUAAAUUGUAUUCAAAUUACAGUUAUAAUUAAAAUUUUGCUAAUUCUAUUUAAUUUUUAUGCAUUAGUGGCCUACAUAAAUUUUAUAAUUAAAUUACAUUUUUAUUCUCAAAUUUUGCAACUAUAUAUUUUUAAUUUGUGAUAAGAAAAAAAUUAACCCCAUCAUUUAUAAAAUCUCAAUUAUCUAGACAAUUUUCAACAUUGGAAGAAUCAACACAAUCUAAAUUGGAAUCUAAGCCAGAUCUUCUAAAAAUGAAUAAGCAGUUUAUUGUACCUACAGGCACAGGAGGUAGAUAUAGGGUAGACUAUGUAUUAAAUCAUUCAGAUUUGAUUGGACAAAUUAUUACCAUUAAAGGCUGAGCAAGAACAGUUAGAGUCCAAGGCGGUGGAUCAUUUGCAUUUAUUGAAGUAAAUGAUGGCUCUUCCGUCAAAGGGAUACAAGUUGUCGUCAAUAGUUCUUUCCCAGAUUUCAAUAAACUCAAAGGGACUGGAAUUUCAGUUUCCUGCAAAGGUUUAGUAAUAAAAAGCCCAGGAAAAGGCCAAAGUGUUGAAAUUCAAAUAGAAGACCCAGAGAAGCAUUCAUUUUCUAUUAUUGGAGACUGCGACCAGUCAGAGUACCCAAUUUCCAAGAAAACUCAUACACCUGAAUUUUUAAGAGAAAAAGCUCAUUUAAGAUCAAGAACCAAUUUAAUUGGUGCCGUCUCCCGAGUGAGGAACGCUUUAGCUUUUGCUACACAUUCAUUUUUUAAUUCAAGAGGAUUCCUUUAUAUCCAAACCCCGAUCAUCACUGCUAGCGACUGUGAAGGUGCGGGAGAGCUUUUUAAGCUCUCAUCUGAGAAAAAAGAAGGCAACUCUGAAGAUUUUUUCGGAAAACCAGCUUUUCUUACGUGCUCAGGACAACUUAAUGUAGAAACUUAUUGUUGUGCAUUGUCUGAUGUAUAUACAUUUGGACCAACAUUUAGGGCAGAAAAUUCUCAUACUACAAGACAUUUGGCAGAAUUUUGAAUGAUUGAGCCUGAAAUGGCAUGGGCUGGGCUUGAAGAAAAUAUUGAGUGCUCUGAAAGCUAUUUGAAAUUUUGCAUAAAAUAUGCUUUAGAAAAUUGUGCGGGGGAUUUAGAAUUUUUUGAUAAAUUUGUUGAAAAAGGGCUGAUUCUAAGAUUGAGAAACGUUAUAGAAAGGCCGUUUGAAAGGAUUUCGUAUACAGACGCUAUCAAUAUAAUACAGAAAAGCAAAAAAACAGUUUAAAAUUAUAACAUAAUGAAAUGGAGAAAUUAAUUUUGCUAAUUUUCACUUCCUUAUGGAAUUUUAUUUAUGGGGUUGGGUUUUCUCCCAACAACUUCUGUACAAAAAUAGCGGUUUAAAUUUGGGGACAACUAGAGGCAAUGUUCCACAGUGUAAAAGACUCAGAGUUUUACCUCUUAGCACAUUCGAGGAAGGUAAUCCUUAGGCGGAACUCCCAGAGAAGUUGAAUUAGGCAAGGGCAACGGCAUCGUGCCGAGUUAGAAGCGCGCUGGCCAGUAUGGUAAGCAAUUUAUUUGGGAUGGUCAGACCUUUUGGAUCAGUUUAAAAUUAUUCCAAACUGAGGGGAUGACCUAAACUCAGAGCAUGAAAGAUAUAUAUCUGAAGAAAUAAUAAAAGGGCCCGUCAUAGUGUGCAAUUAUCCUAAAGUCCUCAAAGCGUUUUAUAUGAAGGCUAAUGAUGAUGACAAAACUGUGCAAGCAAUGGAUAUUUUGGUACCAAAAAUAGGAGAAGUUAUAGGGGGAAGCGCUAGAGAAGACAGGCUUGAGCAGCUGGAUAAGAAUUUAGAGUUCAAAAAUUUAGAUAAAGAAAAAUAUUGGUGGUACAGAGACUUAACUCCUCCCUAAAAUUAUUUUGCUUGCUCACAGAGCAGUUAUUUUUUUUAGAUUUUCCCAAUGUUUUUGCUCACUCGCGCCUCAAUUUUCUGACUUUUUUGGUUUUUUAGUCCAAAUUUUUUUGCUUUGAUAGAAUUUUAUCUUUUUUUUUCGAGCAAUUGUCUCAUGAAGAAAAAGUUAUGAUGAAAAUCCGAGGAAAAAGUUUCUAUUAAAUAAAUGACAACGUCGCUCUUGGAGGAAGAGAGUAAGGAAAUUUGGAUCAGUCCCACAUGCAGGGUUUGGAUUAGGGUUUGAAAGGCUAAUUAUGAUGGUCACAGGAGUUGAAAAUAUUCGCGACACAAUUCCAUUUCCUCGGUGGCCUGGGCAUGCAGAAUUUUAA